CUCAGCUAUUAAGGGGAGUGGGAGGCUGAAUGGCUGGCCCGCCCCACGUUAUGUCCUCUGGCUGAGUGCAGGUUUUCAGUUGCCAUGGCCCCACGUUCCGGGUCCCCCUUCGCUUCUCCUCGACCACUGCGGUCUCCUCGCACGGCAGAGAAGGUAGUGAAGCGGAAUAUCUCCCUCUGCGAUUUGGCAGAGGCCGAGGAUGCACCAGCCCGGCAGCCAGAUUUUUUGGACGAGAGCAGGGAGCGGCUCAGUACGCAGGCAACAGGCCUCCUAAAUGAAGCGGAAGAAGCUAUUGACGAAGAGGCCUUUCAGGCAGCUGAGAGGGCUGCGUCGGAUGCCCUGAAUCUCUUCCGGGAGAUUGGUGACAGGGCUGGCAUUGCCAGAUCUUUGAGAUGCAUCAUCGGUGCCUACCAGGGGAGAGAGGAACUGGAAGCAGCCUACCUUCGAGCCUCUGAGGAGUUAGAUAGAUGCCGCAAUAGUGGCAACAAGCUCGGAGAGGCUGCCAUGAUGAUGUCCUUGGUGGAGCUGAAGAUGCUCCAAGCAGUGAAGCCCAAGGAGGUGAUUUCCAUGGCCAAAGCUGCCCUGGCGUUGGUGCAGUCUCUCAACAACAAGCCUCUCAAGGCUCAUGGAUUGCUGACUCUGGCUCAAAGCUACGAACACGCGCAGAAAGGGGAUCACAUGAUGCGUGCAGCCCGUGCUGGAGUGGAGGCCUACCGGCAACUGGGUGACAAGAGAGGUGAGGCCAAGGCUUUGCACUUUGUAGCAGCAGCUGCUGGCCUGAACAACGAUGUCAACGAGGCCGUGCGAAGUUCUAGCCAGGCUUGCGCCUUGUAUCAAGAGCUCGGAUUGCACGCUUUGGAGGUUGGUGGUGGGAAUGGAUCCGGCAGCUCUGCUGGGAUAACAUGGCAGGAUGGCUCCGAUGGCGGCAUGAGAGCAGCAGCAUCUCGGGGGUUGUUCGGUGCAAGCCUUGGAGGCUUGAGCUACCUGGUGUACAAACAAGCCGAGUUGCAGGAGCUCAUCCAAGCUGAGGAAAACCGUUUCCUGCGUAGCUUGCAGCUUGAUGCCAAGGCAGUUUCCAAGCAAGGGCAGAAGGCCUUUGAGGGCUGUAUGCAACGCUAUGGGGCUUGUGUUCUGCUUGAAACCGUGCCAUUGCACCAGGCCAAGUUGCAUCAACCAAAGGGAGGUCACUUUGCUGAAGUGUUGGAGGGUAUCACCUUUCAAGGCAGACCGCUGUUGGGUCCUUCGAAAUCCAUCAACCUGGAUGUGGCAGGAGCAGCCAUCGGCUCAGCUCUGGCCAUGCCUUUACUCUUUCCAGGAUCCUUUAUGGCCGGUGCUCUGCUGGGACAUUCAUCCGGCUACAUCCUGUCGAUCGCCGAAAGCUGCCCUGGCAGCGUUGGCCGCUUCGAUGCAGACCAGCUAUCGGAGCCAGGUGAUGCUGGAGGGGCUGGUGCAGCUUCGAAUGCCAAGGAUUCAGCGGAUUCAGCUGCACCCGGACCAUCAUGGGGAUCCACCUUAUCACUGAUGUUAUUUGGACCCCUGGCCUUAUCCAAGAAAUCCAAGAAGUCUAAGGCGGAUGGUGCAAGCCAGGGUGAAGUUGAGGUGAAGAGUGAUGAGCCAGUUUGGAACACCUGGUGCUUCCAUGAUACGGAACUGCUGACAGAAGAUGGGGUGAUGCCUGAAGUAGCUGCUCUCAUGCACGAAGUGCACGCUGCAUCAUGGCAAGCCCGAAGUGAGAGUAGUGAGUUGCUGGACACGGAUGCGACCUGGCGCUUUCCGGAUUUGGUCAUGAGUUUGGGCAUUCUACGCUCUGCUGAGAAGCUCUGGCUUCCAACCAUCCGGGAGACCAUGUUGGGUGCGGCAGGGUCAAACGCGAAGCCAUCAGAUGCGGUGGUCUUGAAGCGGGCUUUCCUGGUGUGGGCAGAUGCCGGCAAUGCUGCGAAGGCAUUUGUGGCCAGUGCCGCCGUUCAGUGGCCCUGGGCUGGAGAAGUGAGCUCUGGAUUCAGUCGAAGCUCCAGUCACGGACUGACCGUGCUGUUGCCUCUGAUUGAUUUGACUUCGGCAUCCAAAGUGGACAAAGCAAAGGAUGUUUCAAGUUUCUGGGACCUGGGUCAAGAUCUUAGUCGUUUUCUCGCGAGGAGCAGCAGUGGCGCUCAGCUUGAAGUCCUCCUUGGCUCGCAUGCAUGGGAACAUCCUGCGAACAACGAGGUCUCUCUGAUCAGUGUCCCACUUCGUGCGGGCGACGUCCUCGUCAUGGACAAUCGGGCAUGGCGUCGUUUGCGCAUGCACACUGGUUCCUCUGAGUCAAGGGCCCUGUUUCUUGCUUUUGAGUACACUGCUGGCAAACCAGAGCAAGUCUCUUCAACCCAGCAAGACGUCGCCUUUUGGUCCGUUCUUGCCUGGGCGCUCCGCCUGCGACAGCUCAUGGCGGCCACUGGGACGUUGCUGCCACGGGAGAUGGGCUAUCCGAGCUGGGGUGAACAUGAUGGCCUUGAACUUCAUGAAGCAGCAACCGAACUCAUGAGCCUUGCCGAGUGGCACAAAUUGAGCAAGGAUGAUACCAAGAUGCUUCAGGCUGCCGAAGAUGCUAUGGCCAUCUACCGCCGGCAGAACAGCCUGCUUGGCCAGUCGAAUGUUUUACGGAUCCUUGUGAAGGCCCACAGCAUCAUCCAAGAUGACCAAAAGGGUUUGGAAGUGGCUGAAGCUGCGCUGACUCAGUUCCGAGAACAACAUUACAAGCGUGGUGAGGCCAUAGCCUUGGAUCAAAUCGCCUCGGUGCUCUACGGCAUGAGAAGACCCAUGGAGGCGUUGGAAGCAGCGACUGAGGCUUUAGACUUGAUCAAAACUUUGGAGGACUUGCCAUGGGAAGCCAUCAUGCUUCAUUCCGUGGCUGCACUGCAGUGCAGCGUGAAGCAUUUCCCUGAAUCUUUGCAGGCCGCCCAAGAGGCCAUUUGGAUCUUGGAGGACAUUGGCGACCGGAGUGGGCAGGCCUACGUUCGCUUGAACACAGUGUUGCAAGUCCAGAUGCAACUGCAAGAGUUCCAAGAGGCCUUGGCGACAGCUGAGCAGGCUGUGGCCAUCUUUAGGGAAAUCAAGGAUCGACGCGGCGAAGCUACAGCCUUGCUGCUUGCGGCAAAUGUGUACAAGUCGGUGGGCGAACUUGAUGAGGCUGAGAAAUGGUUGCGCGAAGCACAGGACAUUUUUGAACAAAUGGGGGAACGCCGAUUGCUGGCACAAGUCUUGCACAGUAUGGCGAAGGUUCACAUCGCCAAGAAUGAACCUGCAGAGGCAGUUCGACUUGCCUACGAAGCCCAUUCUCUUUGCAAGCGAGCUAGAGAUAAGCCAGCGGAGGCGGGAACUUUGCUCUUUACCGUGGAAGCCCAUCUAUCUUUGAUCGCACAAUUGGUGGAAAGUGGUAGGAUGCGAGGAAGUCGGGAGCUAGAAGAGCAGCUUUCGAAGGCUGAGAAAGCUGGGCUGGCAGCAAAGAAGAUUGCUGACAAACUGGGCCACAAACAGACCAUUGCUGACUGCUUCUAUGCUUUAUCCGAGAUCAACCUUGUGAGCGGCAGGUACCAAGAGGCACUUGAUGGUGCAGACGAGGGAAUCAAGAUCUAUCAAGAUGUCGGCUAUGAGCUUGGGGAGUGCACCUUUGUAAACAUGAAGGCCCAGGCCCUACUUGUGAGUGGCAAGAGCGACCAAGCUCUGGUUGCAGCGAAACAAGCUGUGAGCAUGGCAAAGGCCAUGGAUGACAAGCCGCUGGAGGCCCUGGCGCAAGAAAUCUUGGAGAAAGUGCUCCAGGGUCAAGGUGCCGCCGCCCCAGCAGUACCGCAGACCUUCCAGCCACUGGCAGAGGAAGUGGAAGAGGAGACGCCGGUGGUGGAGGCAGCAUCGGAGGUGCUGGAAGAAAAGCCCAAAGGUUUGGAGCCUGCGAUCGUCAGUGAUAUGUUGCACAACAUGCUGCGCGAAAUGAUGGGCUCCGAAAUGGAAUCAGACACACCCUUGAUGGAUGCUGGAGUGGAUAGUCUCAUGAGCAUCGAAUUUCGAAGCCAAGUCAACAGUGCCUUCUCUGGGUUGGGAUUGUCAGCGACUCUAACGUUUGACUAUCCAACGAUCCGGGAACUGACUGGGCACAUCGUAGAGAGAAGCAAUAACCAAUGAGGCAUGAGCGGAAGACAGCCUCUUAGCAAAUUCGAAGCCUC